UGGGCCUAGGCUUCUACGGUUCCCAGCACGACAUGCUUACAUUGCAUGGUAGCAUAGGUGCAGACCCACCCUACCACAUCCUUCUGAUGGGUAGGGAGGCAGAGUCUUGGGGGUAGCGCAAGUCGCUGUGAUCCCCAAGGCAAGUUUGGUGGACUAUCCUUCCCGAGGUUGCCGACCCUGUUCUUGGUCUAAUACCCUAUGUAUUAGACGUAACUAAAACCACCAAGCGAACUAUUGCAGGGAUGGUGAGGUCAUGUCCUUGCAAGUUCAUGGUCCAAGCAGAUAGGACGGUGAACAGUAAAAGACCUCCCGCGUGUUUGUGCGCGGGGUCCGCGGGAGGGGGGGAUGAAGGAAUCCUGGAGGUUGAGUGUAGCAGCCCGCCGGAGAACAUUUGUGCGCUGCACACAACACACCUCUUUGGUCUGGAUUUCCCCUAACACGGGAGGAUUUGGACUAGCUACCCUUGGUCAACCGGCUGUGGUAUCCCAUCAGCGGGCUACCAAAGCUCCAACGGGUAUUAAUUCCAUUAUACCUCAUGGAUAAAGAGGCUUAACCUAUAAACAAACAAAACCAACGCAAAGCCACAUCUAAGGAUGUGCAAAAAACUAAUAAACACAGGGUUGCGUCUCAGGACGGGCCGCGGUGCAAGUCACCAGUGGCACGACACUCAGAUGCCCCUGUCUCUCAUACGGAUGCACCCAUUCGGGAAGCAUCCAAAAUUCCAAAGGAAUGGGAAUCGACUGAGGAUGAGCCAAGCCAGGCUGCUCCCAGGACCGUACCCUCUCCGGCGGAACCAACAGCACCACCGCACAAGGAAGCGUCCACCGUUGCGGCUAGGUUAACUGCGUCGAUUGAGCCAAAGGAAGCCACUCUGGAUGAUGGAACAGCACUGUCUGCGUCUGAAGGUGAGGCACCUGUGGCAAGAUCGAUACGGCAGACUGGCAGCGAUGGCGAAUGCACCCAGUGCACCGUCCUCAUCCAUGGACAUGACGGCCCUGAAAACCACAAUUCAGAAACCGUCUAUGACCACGGUUUUGAGUGCCUCAAAAAGGCGUCGGCUCAACAAAGUUCGAAGGGCGGCGGAACGGCAGAAGCUGUCAACCGACGCUCAAGGACCACUAGAGGACCCUAAUCCAGCCCCUGGAGCUAUCACCGCAACAGGUGGAAGGAAAGGGGUACCGAAUCCAACCGCGUCAAAUGCCGCACUAAAGCCCGAUGGCUCCAAGCGCAGCACGAGACCCGCCAACAACAACAACCCCAGAAAAAAAAUGAACCCUCACAGGUGGCCGUCGCUCCACCACUAACCACUGCCAGUACGGGAACGGAGUCAUCGAGGCAAAGGCCGCCCACGUCAACGAGGAGGAACCUUACAGCUAUUAGAUUACUAAGAAACACGCAUUCAGACAUCGUCCUGGCGUCCGUCUACUUAACCCGGUGACGAAAGUGUGCCCACUCCAGAACUCGACUACUGUGAGAGUGAGACACUGAAGAUCAUCAUCGCGGCAUCAAUGCGCACCACAUGUUAUGGGGUAAUGCUCAUACCAACGCUCGAGGAAAUUGGUUUGCUUAUACAAAACAAUGUACUUUUCGUUAGUCUAUAAGCAAAUAAGAUUCAGCAGGAUAUUUCCUGUUUUCAAAAAAUUCAAAGUUUGAGACUGUAGUGAAAACAAGCCAUAAAAAUUAUCUUCAAAAAACUAAAAAUGUUAGGAAGAAAGCAAAGCCUUAAAGGCGAACCGGUUCUAGCAGAUUAUGGGCCUGAAGAGUCGCUUAAUGAAAGUGCCGAUAUAGAGUGGGUGAAUAAGCUAUGGGUUAGAAGAAUUUUAAGGUUUUGUGCUCUUUUGAGUUUGAUAUCAGUUUCUGCUAAUACUCCGAAGACCUUUGAAAAAUAUCCAAUUAUGCAAAUAGUUACAUUUUCGGUUGAUUGCACUGUAACACUUUUGUUUACUGCAGAGAUGAUUGCUAAGAUGCACAUAAGAGGAAUUUUGAGGGGUGAUGUUGCCUAUUUAAAGGACCACUGGUGCCAGUUUGAUGCUUCCAUGGUAUUUUUUCUCUGGGUAUCAGUUUUACUUCAGAUGUUUGAAUUGACUGGAAUUGUGCCAAGAUAUAGUUAUUUAAGUAUACUUAGAGCACCAAGACCACUGAUUAUGAUAAGAUUCUUGAGGGUAUUCUUAAAGUUUUCUAUGCCUAAGUCCAGGAUAAACCAAAUAUUCAAGAGAUCAAGUCAACAAAUAUACAAUGUCACACUGUUCUUUCUCUUCUUUAUGUCAUUAUACAGUUUAUUAGGAGUUCAAUUUUUUGGAGAGUUAACACACCAUUGUGUUAGAAAUGACACUGAUCCAAAUGAAAUCACAAUAAAUUCCCUAGCAAUUCCCGAUACAUUUUGUUCACCAGAGCCCAACUCCGGUUACCAGUGUUCCAAGGGUAUGAAGUGUAUGAAACUCAACUUGUCCAAAUACAUCAUGGGUUUCAAUGGUUUUGAAGAGUUUGCUACCAGUUUAUUCACCGUUUACCAAGCGUCAUCCCAAGAAGGCUGGGUUUUUAUAAUGUAUCGCGCAAUUGACUCGUUACCAACAUGGAGAUCAGCUUUAUACUUUAGUACUAUGAUUUUCUUUCUGGCUUGGCUGGUGAAGAAUGUAUUUAUUGCUGUAAUUACGGAGACAUUCAAUGAAAUAAGGGUGCAGUUCCAGCAGAUGUGGGGUGUGAGGAAUCCCAUUACAAAGAGUAGCACGACUCAGUUUUUCACUGGAGACGAUAGCGGAUGGAAACUAGUUACGAUUGAUGAGAACAAACAUUCUGGAAGUGCACCUGAAAUCCUACACAAAAUGCUGAGGUCAGCCUAUUUUCGACUCUUAGUUAUGGGCGUAGUAUUGGCAAAUGGUAUCAUCACGGCCACAAUGGACUUCAAACACGACGAUAAUCCCCGCGAAUUCUUUUACGAAAAAUACUAUUAUAUAGAAAUUGCGUUCACAAUAUUUUUGGAUUUGGAAGCACUUAUGAAAAUAUGGUGCCUCGGAUGGAAAGGGUACUUCAAACAUUCAGUACAUAAGUUUGAGCUGUUGCUGGCCAUUGGAACAACGAUUCAUAUAAUACCGCAAUUGUAUAUGUCUGGAUUUACGUAUUUUCAAGUUCUACGAAUCGUAAGGUUGAUAAAAGCCUCGCCACUGUUAGAAGGAUUCGUGUACAAAAUAUUUGGCCCGGGAAAAAAACUGGGGAGUCUCAUAAUCUUUACCAUGUGCUUACUAAUUAUCAGUUCGUCGAUAUCAAUGCAGCUCUUCUGCUUUCUCUGCGAGUUUACCAAGUUUGAGACGUUUCCUGAGGCAUUUAUGUCUAUGUUCCAAAUAUUGACUCAAGAAGCUUGGGUCGAAGUUAUGGAUGAGACAAUGGUCCGGACAAGUCAGACGUUAACACCACUCGUUGCGAUUUACUUCAUACUAUACCACUUAUUCGUCACAUUGAUUGUGCUGUCACUUUUCGUAGCUGUGAUUCUUGAUAACUUAGAAUUAGAUGAAGAUAUCAAAAAGUUGAAGCAGCUACGCUAUAGACAACAGAGUGCAGAAAUUAAGGAAACCUUGCCUUUUCGUCUUAGAAUCUUUGAGAAAUUUCCGGAUAGUCCACAAAUGACCAAAUUGCAUAAAGUGCCCGGAGAUUUCAAUUUGCCAAAGGUUCGAGAAUCCUUCAUGCGUCAAUUCGUAUGUGAGGUUGAGGGCGAGGAAGAAGGUGGUAUGGUGGGGGGUCCUAUCGGUGGACGUACGAUAGCAGGGGACCUAUCCAGACGCGCUUUUGAAUAUAUCGGUGUCGAUAAGAUCGCCUUUCCAUAUCGAAAGCGAUGUUUAGUAAAAACACUUGUUGUGGCACCACCGGCGCAACGCCCAAGCUCUGCGCUUAGGAGACAUGUUGUGGCUUCGAUUAUCAAUGACUCAAACAACCAUAGGCGUCUAGUUCUAGGUGACUCUGCGUUAUUGGCAACGGGUGGCAAAUCUGGGCUGAAGUCACAAGGGACUGUAUCAAGUGCAAAACAACUGCGGGUAGACCAAAAAAAAUUCGGUUCAAGAUCAAUCCGGCGUUCGGUCCGCAGCGGAUCCAUCAAACUGAAGCAGACCUACGAGCAUCUUCUGGAGAAUGGAGACAUUGGGGCUGCGUCACGAGUUGUGCCCUCGUCCAGGGCCCGGCCGCCGUAUCUGGACAUACGGUUGUUGCAGGCUAAGAGGCAACAGGCGGAAAUGAGAAGAAAUCAACGCGAAGAAGACCUGAGAGAGAACCAUCCAUUAUUCGACACGCCCCUAUUGAUCGUACCCAGAGAAUCACGAUUUCGUAAAAUUUGUCGAGCCAUUGUCGACGCCAGAUACGACGCUCGUUUAAGAGAUCCGGUCACAGGGAAUGAGCGAAAAGUUCACUAUAAGAGUUUUCAUAACUUUUUGGGCCUAGUGACGUACCUGGACUGGGUGAUGAUAAUGGUAACAACUCUAUCCUGUGUGUCCAUGAUGUUUGAGACGCCAACUUAUAGGGUUAUGGAUAAUUUUGUCCUACAGAUCGCGGAAUAUGGCUUUGUGAUUUUUAUGAGCUUCGAGUUGGCUUUGAAAAUAUUGGCAGAUGGAUUAUUUUUCACACCCAAAGCAUAUCUGAAAGAUGCAGCUGCCGUAUUGGACGUAUUCAUUUACAUUGUGUCUUUAACAUUCCUCUGUUGGAUGCCGGUCCGCGUACGCGCAGGUUCCGUAGCCCAAAUGCUGUUGAUCCUUCGUUGUGUGCGUCCUCUACGAAUAUUUACACUUGUCCCACACAUGCGCAAAGUUGUCUAUGAAUUAUGUCGGGGCUUCAAGGAGAUAUUGCUGGUAUCUACGCUGCUAAUUUUGCUGAUGUUUGUUUUUGCAAGCUAUGGGGUUCAACUGUAUGGUGGCAGAUUGGCCCGUUGCAACGAUCCGACGAUACAACGUCGCGAGGACUGCGUUGGCGUGUUCAUGCGUCGUGUGUUUGUGACGAAAAUGAAAAUACGGCCUGGACCCAAUGAGACGUUCCCUUCUAUGCUGGUGCCGCGAGUCUGGGCGAAUCCGAAACGGUUUAAUUUUGACAAUAUCAGAGAUGCACUGCUGACUUUAUUCGAAGUUCUAUCCUUCAAAGGAUGGUUGGAUGUACGCGAUGUGUUAAUUAAAGCACUGGGACCAGUUCACGCAAUAUACAUUCACGUAUAUAUUUUCCUGGGCUGUAUGAUUGGUCUGACAUUAUUCGUGGGUGUGGUCAUCGCUAAUUAUUCUGAAAAUAAAGGGACAGCCUUGCUGACCGUCGACCAAAGGAGAUGGUGUGACCUAAAGAAGAGAUUGAAAAUUGCUCAGCCCCUACAUUUGCCGCCUCGACCUGACGGUAGGAAGGUGCGAGCAUUCGCGUAUGACGUCACACAAAAUCUUACCUUCAAACGAGUUAUUGCUAUCGUCGUGCUUAUUAAUAGCGGCCUAUUAGCUGUUACCUGGUCUCGUCACUCCUCAAACACAGAACGCUUAGCCCUGACAUCAGCUCUGCUAACUCUAGUGUUUGUGGUGGAAGUCCUCCUAAAGACCAUAGCCUUUACCCCGCGUGGCUAUUGGCAGAGUCGUCGCAACAGAUACGACCUACUUGUAACGGUUGCUGGCUGCAUAUGGAUAUUCAUGCAUUUUACCCUGAAGAACGACCUAUCCUACUUUGUGGGUUUUAUGGUGGUGAUACUGCGUUUCUUCACCAUCACCGGCAAACACACCACCCUCAAGAUGCUGAUGCUCACCGUCGGUGUUAGCGUCUGCAAGAGUUUCUUCAUCAUCUUUGGCAUGUUUCUGCUGGUCUUCUUCUAUGCUUUAGCCGGAACUAUUGUCUUUGGCAACGUCAAGUAUGGAGAAGGUAUCGGAAGACGAGCGAACUUCAACUCGCCAAUUCACAGCGUGGCAAUGCUCUUCCGUAUUGUGACUGGCGAGGAUUGGAACAAAAUUAUGCACGACUGCAUGGUGGCGCCACCUUACUGCACACCCGCUGAUAAUUAUUGGGAAACCGAUUGCGGCAAUUUCACGGCUUCAUUGGCGUACUUCUGCACUUUUUACGUUAUUAUCACGUAUAUUGUCCUCAAUUUGCUUGUCGCUAUUAUAAUGGAAAACUUCUCGUUAUUUUAUUCGAAUGAGGAAGAUGCAUUGCUGUCAUACGCCGAUAUUAGAAACUUCCAGAAUACCUGGAACAUUGUAGAUGUACAUCAAAAAGGCGUUAUACCAGUGAGAAAAGUAAAGUUCAUCCUUCGGUUACUUAAGGGUCGUUUAGAAUGCGAUACUCACAAAGAGCGACUCUUAUUCAAAUAUAUGUGCUACGAGCUCGAAAGGCUGCAUAAUGGGGAAGAUGUCACCUUCCAUGACGUCAUCAACAUGUUGUCAUAUCGCACGGUGGACAUUCGUAAAUCUCUGCAAAUGGAAGAGUUGCUCGCUCGGGAGGAAUUUGAGUUCCUGAUAGAAGAAGAAGUCGCAAAGCAGACUAUUCGCACUUGGCUGGAAGGCUGUCUAAAGAAGAUACGAGCUAAUACUAGCAAACAACAAACAAGUCUAAUAGCGGGUUUGCGCAAAACAAAUGAACAAUUGCUCGACUUGCCAAACGAGAAAACUGAAAAGGAGAAGUCUGAUACAGAAACCCAAGAAAUAGCAACAAGCACUGGGCGAACAGAGAUAACAGAGUCGACCUCCCAACCUAUUAUAUCAAACAUUGCAACAUCACUGGAUUCCCAACCUAAGCGGCCUUCAACAAAGCAAUUAAAAAGAACUGGAUUGCCCUCCGUUACUGUACCGAGAUCAGAAAGUCCUAUCAAGAAGUACCUACAGCCAACGCUAAGUGAUCCACAUCCCACUUUAAACAAGAAACCAACACCGCCAGUUAAAAGCAAUCGAAGCGGUGUAUCAGUAAUUGCAACUGGCUUAAGUGCGAGCACGUACCCUCGCGAACAAGCAGCUAUUACGCACGUUGUAUCGUGGUGGAAUAGCGCACUAACCGAUCGGAAUAUGCCGUGCGACUAGCGCCCGCGUAUACGUCGCGUACGUACGAGGUCGCCCGCUGCUUUAAUGCAUAGCGCUCGGGCAUUUUGAAUUGACAGUUUCGACUAGAAAUAUUGCCAGUAAACGUUUUUGUUUAGUGGCUUUAAAUUUACCUUUUACUGGAUAUUUUUGGAUCAAACCUAACGCGAUUGAAUUCGUAGAAAUAUCACAGAUUUAUGUAAAAUUUAGUGAUUUUUGUGACCUUAGAGGCUUAUGGCAACGGCCAUCUUUUGUUAAUUUCUCUUUUAUUUUGAUAAUUAUAUAUUUCUUUUGUACAAUACAUAUGUUAUAAAAAUCCUACUCUUCCUUGAGAUUUUCAGUUUCCUUUUGCAUUAUCGAAUUGUACUGUAAAUAAAAAACUAAGAAUUUAUUAAUAAAUACUAGGUAUAUACUUAGAACAAAUGAGUAUUCUUAUGAUAAUGUGUUAUCAUUUACAACAUAACUGGAAUAAAGCCUUAUGCUUACCAAAGUCAGACAUAUUCCGCGGUCAGCUAUAUGAAAAUAAUUAUGUAGUCUACUUGCACAGACCUCAUUUAAAUACAACUUGACUCCCAAUAGAGUUCGUCGUAUCGAUAGCCGCCUACUAAUAUUGUUGAAUUCCAAUGAUGACUUAGCAAACUAUCUCAAUAUCGAAAAGAUAUAUCAGAGGGUCAGUUUUGGUGUGCCCUGAUGUUUAUCAUUCAUACUUAGAAUUAACUGUUGCCAAUGCAUUAUGACUUAAACCAUAUUAUCCGUAGGUAUAGAAGAAUAUUUUGUAUUUUGAUUAUGUGUGUGCCAAGGAGCGUUCCUAGACACAGUGAAACCUCUUUAUAACAAAUUUCUAGUUUAAUUUAGGGACCGAGCAUUUCUUUUGUGUUAUAGAGAGUUCUUCAACCCAAUUAAAGCAAUUACAAUAAUUUCAAAUUUUAUUACAAAAUUGCUUGAUCUAAGUUAGUUUUGUAAGCUGAUCAUAAAAACAAUUACACUUAAGUUUGUCGUUGAUGCCUAAAUAUAAAAAUAUUUAUUCGUAAUAGACAAUAGCUGUUGCGUUAUAAAGAAUUAAUCAAUGUAAUGGUUUUUUGUUAAACCAAACAUAUUUAACGAAUUUUUGCUUUAUCGAAAAGUUUUGAUUAUAACGACUGACGUUAUAAAGAGGUUACUCUGAAUAUUAUUCAAUGUUACCACAUGAAUUAUUUUAAAUUUGAUUUUGAGGUAAUUUAGAUAUAUUUAAGUCUGUCCUCUUAAUAUAGAUAAGUAUAUACUAUUUAUUAAUGUUGGGUAUUAGUAUUGUGUUAUAGUUAAAUGCUAAUUCUGAUGUACACAUUUCGAUUCUAACAAGCUUUUUAUACGUUUUUGUCCUUAUACAUUAUAUCGUAACAGACUCGGUACUAUCUUAUACGUAGAAUAACGGUAAUAAUGGACCGAAAGAGCCGAAAGCUAUGUAUUCAUUUAGCAACAUUCGGACAACAGCGCGCGAUGUUGUCAUUUAAAAAGCAACACGACGCGCGUCUUAUGACCAACAUCUGACGUCACGCAUUCAAAUGUUGUUAAAUGAACACGGCUUUAUAUUUGUGUACGUCAUAUUUAACAUAAAAAUGUCUGUAAUAGUUG